AUGGUUGCAUCCAUAGACGUUCAGGCAUUGCGGGCUGCCAUGCAGAACAAGCAGUUCCAUGCCAAGGAGCAGUCGCUACUAAAGAUGAUUCAACAAGCCGAGGCUAUUCAUGUUCAACAGCGGAACAUGCUCGCCACAGCCAGAGAUCUUGCUGAAGUGUUCACCCUGCAGGUGGAUGCCUACAAGCUGGAGGUGACGCCCUUUGACACCAUCGCAAACCUCGCGGAGCAGCUGGCGCAGCAUGUCGACUGCGUGGCCAGCUCGCUGGCAAUCACUAAGGAUGGCCAGGUCUUGCCGGGCGAAGCCACGCUCAGUUUGCUUGGGAUCUCAGCAAGUGUCGCCCUGGGCGUCAAGUAUCCUGCCGCAAAGGGCAAGCAGAAGCGGCGGAACGGCCGUAGUGGCGCAGCGCGGCCCAAAAAGGCUGCGAAGGUCUCUGAAAAGGCCCAACCCAUAUCCCACGUCUGCGUGAAAACUUUGACUGGUAAGACCUUGCGUGUGGCGGAGAUCGACGGCGCCACAACUGUUGACGAGGUAAAGCAAAAGAUCCUGGACUGA